ACCUAUAAAAGGUGAGCCAUCUAAACUUAAUUUAGCAGUUGUUGAUAAAGCUAUCAAACACACUUGAGCCGGCACAUAGAGCUUAACAGAAAAUGCCUUCAAAGAGGCUUCAAUGGAAAUCCUUAGUACUUGGCUGUUUUCAAGCUAAGAACCCUUCUUUGGAAGCUCCAAAUAUAGUUUCCAAAAAAACAUCUUCAAGUAGAAUCUCCCUCUCUGAUUUAAGCAAUUACUCAUCACUCUCUAUCAUGAGUGAUUUGUCCAAUUCUCUUGUGGGAUCAAAUCUUCAUAUUUUCACUUGUCAAGAGCUCAAAGAGAUCACACACAACUUCAGCAAAUCAAACUUUCUAGGGGAAGGGGGGUUUGGGAAGGUAUAUAAAGGGUUUAUAGAUGACAAUCUUAGGCCUAGAUUGGAAGCACAGGCUGUUGCAGUUAAGGCCUUGAACUUGGAUGGAAAACAAGGCCACAGGGAGUGGUUGGCUGAAGUAAUCUUUCUGGGGCAGUUGAAGCAUCGCCAUCUGGUUAACUUAAUUGGAUAUUGCUGUGAAGAUGAGCACAGGCUUCUUGUGUAUGAAUACAUGGAGCGGGGCAAUCUAGAGGAGAAGCUUUUCAAAGGUUAUUUAGCAACCUUGCCUUGGCUAACAAGAAUCAAAAUCGCAAUUGGAGCUGCAAAGGGACUUGCUUUUCUUCAUGAAGAAGAAAAACCAGUCAUAUAUAGAGAUGUUAAGGCCUCAAACAUUCUAUUGGAUGCUGAUUACAAUGCCAAGCUCUCAGAUUUUGGUUUAGCAAUAGAUGGACCAGAAAAAGACCAAACACAUGUUACAACUCGUGUGAUGGGUACCCGUGGUUAUGCUGCUCCUGAGUAUAUAAUGACAGGCCAUUUGACAACAAUGAGCGAUGUAUAUAGCUUUGGAGUUGUUCUCUUAGAGCUUCUCACAGGAAAGAAAUCAGUGGACAAGAAAAGACCCACUAGAGAGCAAGAUUUGGUAGAAUGGGCAAGGCCUCAAUUGAAGGACUCCCACAAACUUGAAAGAAUAAUUGACCCAAGACUUGAUGAUCAAUACUCAAUUGAAGGGGCUAAAAAAUUUGCAGCCUUGGCUUAUCAAUGUCUAAGCUAUCAUGCAAAGAGUAGACCCACUAUGCGAACCGUGGUUAAGACCUUAGAGCCUCUCAUGGAAUUGAAAGAUAUCCCAAUUGGCCAUUUUGUUUAUGUUGUACCCAAUGAAGAUUCACUCAAAGUGAAUAAUGCAAAAGGAACAGAAAAUGGCCAUGAUGAGAUUGAGAUCAAUGAAGUUGAUGUAAAAACUAAAGAAGAGGAAAAGAAAAAGGAGAAGGGUCACCACAGGCAACGCAAAAGUCGUAGCAAUAGACGUAGGGUUAAGCCAUUAAGGUCUCGUGCUGUUUACUCUGACACUGCUCUGUAUAAGACUCUUGGUACCAGUCUCUAUUCUCCCAAACAAGCACCACAAGGAGAUGCACUAGAUUGAUCUUCAAUUCUUCAUGACGUAAUCAUAGCUAAAGAUAGGAGAAAAAAUAUAUAUAGGUCAAAUUCCUUGUAUUUUACCAUUGAGUUCUCAGAUCAAACAAUGACUCGUAAAUAUUUUUUUCAAUAUUAUAUAGUUCCAUUGAAAAUAUGUUAUGGAAUUUUAAAAUAAUUCUUGUGACAUUGUUUAAUUUGAGAACUUGAUGAUAAGAAUACAAGGAACUUGAGGGAAGUUUUGUUAUAGUAACAACAAUAACUCGGGAAGAAAGGGAAAUGUAUUGUACGUCAUGCAACUAAAGGUUUUUUUGUUUUUGU